UUUCUGGGCUUUUAAAAUAUUGAGCCCAACGGCUUCUUUCCCCAAACGGACGCGAAACCCGUCUCCGCUUCCACCGCACUUCCCCCUGAGUCUCUCGGCCGGGCCGCCGCCUCUCGCCGUAGAGUUAAUUACGGUGUUGAUCCCACCGACGGGGCCUUGUAGCCGGAAGCCUCUCGCCGCUGCACGAGCCCGCAGCUCGCUGCCCCCGCCCGGGAACGCCGCUUAUCGAUCUCACGAGUUGCGACCUUCGUCGGAAACCCUCCCGCGACGUCGCCGUCCUCUUUCUUGGAGGCGAAUCUGAAUAGCCGGUUGGGGAUUCAUGUGGUUCUAAGUGGCCUAGAGAGAUAUUGAAGAAGGGGAGUUUGCUUGUUAAGCGAGCAAAUAUGGUGAUAGGAUAAUAUGUGAAAGCAUUUUGAUAUGGUUGGGUGACCAUGGCCCCUGCCAGCCCCCUGACUCCAUUGCUGGUCAUAGAUUCCAACUCGCCAAGCAGGUUUGAUGAUGUUCAGUUUUAUACAGAAAAGGCAAAGCUCAGACUUCUAGCCAUAUUAGCUGAAAAGAAUGAUGGAAGCUGUCUCAGUUGACUCACCUUAUUCGAUGAUUGACCAUGAUCCAGUGGAAGAAUAUGAUGAUUGGGUGGUUGUUAAAAAACAAAGAAUCACCAUUCUGGUUCCUCCUUUAUCACCUGAACACCCUCAAACUGAAAUUCCAGAAAGUAACCAUACCCAAACCAAGUCAUGGAAAAACAUCAGGAGCAGCUUAAAUAUUCAAAAGAAAAGGUGUUGGAACCAGUCCAAAGAUGGACCCGAGAAACCAGCGUUGAUCCUUUUUGAGAAUGAGGUUCCAGUUGAUGGUGAGCACAAGAAAGCUGCUGUAACAACUUCUGAGAAGAGAAUUCAGAGUGCUGGUGUCAGAAUAAAACCUCAAAAAUCUGUUCACAAUCCUGUUGCUGUGCUUGACAAUCAAACCCUGGCUAAUGGUUCUGGUGACGUUUUUGGAAACCCAUUAUUGCAACGGGCAUCUUUACUUCAUUUUACUGGUGAUGGAAAUGUUGCAGUCCCUGACAGAAGAAGAACAAUCAGACCCUCAGGAAUGAUUGGAGGUGCCCCAAGGCUGCCAGUUGGUGCAUUACAUGUUGUGAAUCAGCGAAUGCGAGCAUUGAACCUUGAAAGGGAGCUCAAAGGGUUUGGUGGACUGAGAAAUUGGCUGGUGUAUCAGGGUCUUGAUCGAUUCAUAAAAAUUUUUGAGAGGGAAAAACUAGGUGUCUAUCAGUUGGUCAGUCUCACAAUGAGCAAACUCAAAGACAUGGGAGCCCAUGCAGUUGGGCCAAGAAGGAAGCUGAUUCAUGCUCUUGACCGUCUCUGCCAGCCUUACUAUUUCAAGGCCUUGCAAUGAUACAUAAUGAGUUAGAAAAGUAAUCAUUCACCAUCUCGUUUUAUUUUGUUUUUUAGAUUGUUUAAAGAUAAAGCUUGAUAAUUUGAGGUUCCAAGAUCCAGGAAUUCAGCCUCUGCUUUAUGACAUGUAGUAAUGACUGAAUAUCAGUUCAUAAGUUUUGGUGUGAUCGUCGAACUAUUUUUCUGAUGUUAAACACUGUUGUUAUAAUUUUAUAAAGCUUCUCUUUUCCA